AUGUGGCCCUUCCCCUCCCUGACUACGUUUACAUGUGUGUGUCGUGUCUUUCUGCUCCCUCUGCGCCUGUGCCCGUCCUUGUCUCUGUCCCUGUCCCUCUGUCUCUCUGUGAGUGGCUCCCGGGCCCGCCUGUUACGGCAGGGCCUGUCCAGCAGGGCGGCGGAUGUGUGAGGAUGAUUCAGGGGCUGACAGGAAGCCCGCCACCGGGCCGGCCGCCCGCCAGUGUCUGCGGCGUCUGCUGGCAGCUGGGGCAGGUGCGUGGGUCAGGAUGAGGCAGCCGCAGUGAGGAGCCCCGAUUCCCAGCUUGCAGGAGGAGUGGCCGAGAGCGGACAUGAGCACCGAGACUGAGACUGAGCUGCUGUGGCCAGGGGCGGCCCUGCUGCUGCUGCUGGGGGCAGUGGCCGGCCUGUGUAUGCGCUGUUCCCGCCCAGGUACGAAGCGGUCUGAGAAAAUCUACCAGCAGAGGAGCCUGCAUGAGAAUCAACAGAGCUUCGCAGUGGCCCGGACCUAUUCCUUGGUCAGGCAGGCCUGGCCGGGGCCCCUGGCGGACACGGCCUCUGACGUGGAGCCGGCAAGGAAGGACAAGCUGCUGCGCUUCUCCCCCAGCCUCGAGGAUCCUGCAUCCGCCAGGUACCAGGACUUCAGCAAAGGAAGCAGGCAUGGGACAGACGCAGCCUACAUAGACCCCAUCACCAUGGAGUGUUACAACUGGGGGUGGUUCCAGAAGCCCCCGGCAGAUGACGAUGAUGCCAAUUCCUAUGAGAACGUGCUCAUCUGCAAGCAGACCACUGAGUCAGGCGAUGAGGGGUCUGAGGACUAUCAGAACUCGGCAUCCAUCCAGCAGUGGCAGGAGUCCAGGAGGGUCGUGGAGCAAGUCCUGAGAGAAGCGCCUGCCGCCUGGGCAGGGAGCCCGGACGAGGACGGCGGGGAGCCCGACUAUGUGAACGGGGAUGUGGUGGCCACAGAAGCCUAGAGAAGACCUGGGAGGCAGGCACACAGCAGACAAGCCACCUGCCUGAGUUCACAUGCUGAGCAGAGACGGGGACGGAAACCCAAGCACUCCGACAUUGGAGCCCAGGCUCUGCUACUGUGUGGGAGGCAAGGGCCCUUGAAGGCUGUCCUAUGUCCCGAUCUGGGGACACGGGAAUCCUCUCAGCAGGCAGCGGGCCCGGGCUGGUCCAGAGCCAGGAGCAGGAGCAGCCCACUGCUUGUUCAUUCACCCAACAGUUACCCAGCACCUGCCAGGGGCUAGUGCUGCCUCAAGUGCUGGGGACAUGGGAGUAAACAAAUACAGAAAAACCCCCGACUGCUUGAACUUUCAUCCGGGGGUAGAGAACGGAUGAUCACAAGAUGAGAGGACAGAAGGGAAAUGCUUCGUGUCGGGUGGGGACCCGUCUGGCAGGAGGGGUACCAUGGGACAGUGGCGCGAUCUGAGAGGAGCCCCUCUUCACCCAGCAGAGGGAAGGCCCAGGCCCCCAGGCAGGAGUGUGCCCAGGGGUCUGGCGCUAGCAGGAAGAGGCGGGAGUGACUGGGGACUGCAGAGGUGGAGGGAGGGGCACUGGGUGUCUUCUGGGAUGGGGCAUGUGAGAGACUUCUUUCAAGGAACACUGGCUGCAGAGUAGAAAACUGAAUACAGGGUGACAGCAGGGGGGCAGGAGACCAAGACGUGACAGCCAGAAUCCAGAUGACCCGUUGGCCCAGGAGGUAGUGGUGGAGGCGGGUGAUGAAUGACAGGUGCAGCUGACAGGGCUCACUGCCACCCUGGGUGGGGUGCAGGGGGCAGAGGCUGCAGGGUGGGCCUGAACCACGAGGAGAGCUCCAUGGCACUGAGAUCCGGGAGGCUGCAGGCGGAGCAGGUUUGGGGGCGAGGUGGGUUUAUUCUGGACCCACUGGGUUGGAGGUAUGACCAUGCAGGGGGAAAGAUGCGGUGGGCAGUCAGAGACCUGCGCCUGCACUCAGGGAGAGGUCAGGCUGGAGCUGGACAUGGAGGGCAGGUGGGAAUGACCAGGCCUUGGCCAGGACCAGCAUAGUCAGGGUUUCAAAGAAAAAGGGAAGCACUGGGAAUACGAAACAUGGCAAAGGCUGCUCACAGAUGCAGGGCACCUGCACACCGAGCAUCGCCGCGUCCCUCCCUCACCCGAACCAGCCGCUCUGCCAAGGCAAACCUUUCCUUUUAACACAGCCUCUCCAUCUUCACUGAAGGAGCCCAGGGACCCCCAAGCUCACAGGACUGUCACUCGCCCCCCGAGAGUCCCUCCUCUAGAGCUGCUCGCCUCCUAGACCCCAGGCACGGUGACCCCAGCACGUCCCGAGGACCAUCCACCUGAAAGGACAGUCCCACAUGGAAUCACCCUCCAACCAGCCUCCAGGGGGCAGGAGCCUGGCCGGCUGCCCAGGGCCAGCCACACUCCCACGCCCACAUCUAAAAUUCAUGGCACAACUCCGGUGUUCGCAUCCUUUUUGCUUUGGAUUUAGAUCGCACAUUGCUUACUGCUGUCGGCUGCUGGGUUUGCUGUGAUUGGUCAGUUUGCACAGUUAAUUUAUAUAGGUGGAGCCAUAUUUAACAUUCUGCAUUUCCGGGUAGCGUCUGUCUGUCUGGCCUCCUGUAAGCAUUACACACACGUAACCUCAGCAGACAUUCAGGGGCCCGGGCACUCCUGUCUUUGGGCCUCGGCUCACUCAGGAGAUGACCUUUCGGUGGCAGUGUCUGCUGUGGACAAGCCACCACAAGCUCUGGAGAAGGAACAGCAGAGUGGAGGAGUGGCCAGGAGUGGCCCCGGAAAUCCUCUGCUCCAGGGCUGGCCUCAGCUGAGCCGACUGGGCAGAAACACGACGGUCUCGUGGGAGGGCAGGGGCCCGAGGGGCCCUUCUGAGUCAGAACAGCCAGAGUGAGGGAUAAAAAGGCCUCCUCCAAACACAAUGUCUCAAUAAACUGUUCUAGCGCAAGCACCGAAA